AUUACUUUUGCGUUAUUUUCAAGUAGUUUAAACUCUUAUCUAGAAUAAAAAAAGACCACGUGAUCAUUAACUACACAAAAUCAAAACGUUUAUGGCGCGAAAUCUUACGAGUUUUGAGGGUAUUAGGUUCGAUUCCCCGCACGCUUUAAACCAUUCACAUAAUCGUGGGUUGUACAAUCCCACCGUAGCCGAGUAUAAUGGAAUAAUACAGCUGUAUGUGCGAAGGACAAACACAAGCAUCUCAUACGAUACUUUUUAUUUAUAGUCUAUUUCCUUACCAAUUGUUCUAUUAAGAUUUUGUGAAACUUUAUAAAUAAGAGUGUAUCUCUGGAACCAGACAGUCGCAUUUAUGAUAUUACUUUUAAACCAGUAUUAAGGAAUGGCUAGAGGGGAACUUAGAAGACAUCAUUUAUUUCUAGUAUAACAUUCACUUACUUAUUUACUCUACAAGUCCUAUUCAACCCCUUUUACGGAUUUAAUUUCGUCAGUACUUACCAACUGUCGAUAAUCUAACUAGGUGAGCGUGAUGCCCUGGACUCCAUGAUAAAGAGAGAAGAAGCAGCAGGCCCCAGUGAGAAGCCUGAUGAGGAGCCCGAAGACUACGCCUCAAGCGCUUCGUCUUGGGCGCCCAGCGACGAUGGAGCCCAAUCUGGAGAUUCCGGUACUGAGAUGACCGACAAAAAAGUCAAAUUAGAUCGUUCCAGACGUCAGUAUACCAACAGACGAUCCAGUAAAAAGGUGAUAGUUCCCCGUCACAGAGCCAACCCUGUUAUACCAAAGAUGAUGAAGCAUGCCAACCUGAUAAACCGUAAAAGACAACACAACGGUACUCCAAAAGCAAUAGCUAUGCAAUCUAUGAACAAAUCUUCUCCGGACUCAACGAGGAAGAAUCUACAGAAGGGAAAUCCUCAAAAUGUAUCCAUCGAUGUACGUGAACUUAUCAAAAUAAAGAACAGCUUUAAAACAUUGUUCAAAAUGCUUGAGGAUAUGAAACGACCAGUAUCAAUGCUGGAUCAGACUUCAAAUGAAACUGUUACAGAAAAAAUAAACAAUACAAGCCAAUUUAAUCAAUCGAUGGAAGAAGAUAAAGAAGAAAUGAGCGAACAUGAAGAUUUCAAUCGCUCAGAUGAUAAUGUUCUUAUUACUAAUAAGUACAAUAAUGUUAAGGUGACAACAGCUAAAAACACAGGUCCGAAGGAUGAUGAAUGGGUACCGAUUGGGAGUGGAAAAACCUUGAUACAUAAAGACCAGUUCGUAAAGGUCAAUUGGAAAUCUUAUACGAUUGCUACGCGAACACUCCUCUUAGCUGUAUUUCCAAGAAGGAUACUGGCAACCCAUUCACUAACCGGGAAGAGAUCGCCAGCCUUCCAGGACAAGCCGGCUAAGAUGUGCUUGGACCCGAAGAUAAUAUCCGAUGUUAUAAUGGAAAUUAUGGACAGAUUUAAUGUGAGGGAAAAUCUAGUCAGAAGUAUUAUAACGACCAAAUGCGCUGACGAAUGUAAGAUGUGGAAGAAUAAAGUGAACAAGAAGAAACCUCGCAAUCAAGAGAACAUCCCGCCUUCCUCAAACAGUAUUAUAAAAGGGGAAAAAACUGAGAGUUGAAGGAUGGUACCUAAAUAAUGUUGAGUGAAUUGGCUGUGACUUUCUUUAGUUAUAGGGAAUAAUGUCCUUGUGAUGCUUACACACUUGUAAUGCAUCAGUUUUGUAAUAUAAUAUUUUUAUGAA